UGGUGGUGAGCCCAACAGCAGUUCCGACUCCGCCUGCGCCAGCAGCACCUGUGCCAACACCAGUGCCGGUGAGCCCGACAGUUCCGACUACUUCUACGUUGCCUGCACCAGCAGCACCCGUGCCAACAGCAGUGGUGGUGAGCCCGACAGUUCCGACUUCUACGUUGCCUGCACCAGCAAGACCUUCUACGUUGCCUGCACCAGCAGCACCCGUGCCAGCAGCGGUGGUGACGAGCCCGACAGUUCCGACUUCUACGUUGCCUGCACCAGCAACACCUUCUACGUUGCCUGCGCCAGCAGCACCUGUGCCAGCAGCAGUGGUGGUGAGCCCGACAGUUCCGACUUCUACGUUGCCUGUGCCAACAAGACCUUCUACGUUGCCUGCACCAGCAGCACCGGUGCCAGCAGCAGUGGUGGUGAGCCCGGCAGUUCCGACUUCUACGUUGCCUGCACCAGCAACACCUUCUACCUUGCCUGCGCCAGCAGCACCUGUGCCAGCAGCAGUGGUGGUGAGCCCAACAGUUCCGACUUCUACGUUGCCUGCGCCAGCAACACCUUCUACCUUGCCUGCGCCAGCAGCACCUGUGCCAGCAGCAGUGGUGGUGAGCCCAACAGUUCCGACUUCUACGUUGCCUGCGCCAACAACACCUUCUACGUUGCCUGCACCAGCAGCACCCGUGCCAGCAGAAGUGGUGGUGAGCCCGACAGUUCCGACUUCUACGUUGCCUGCGCCAGCAACACCCUUGCCAGCAGCAGUGGUGGUGAGCCCGACAGUUCCGACUUCUACGUUGCCUGCGCCAGCAACACCCUUGCCAGCAGCAGUGGUGGUGAGUCACCGCCUGCACCUCCCUCUGCUGCAACAGCGACAGUUCCCAGCACUCCGCCUGCAGAUGAUGCAAUGACAAGCCUGCUAGCGACGGUGCUGGCUCAGACUCUGCAGAAUGGAUCUUCGUUGUCUGCGGAGCAGAUCCAGAUGCUCCAGGGCACCAUGAGUCAGCUGCUGAACGCGAGUGCUGCUGAGAAGGCAGCAGCGCCAACAGCAGAGCAACAGCAGCAGCAGGUUGCGGGCGAGGCCCCCGGCCAAACAGUGAGCGCAAAUCCGCUUCCAGCAGCUGCCCAGGUUGCGAGCGAGGCCCCUGGCCCAGCAGUGAGCGCAAAUCCACCUCUAGCACUUGUCCAGGCUCAGCCAUUGCCAAAGGGAGCAUCGGCGGUGGCAGCAGCAGGGGAUGUGGCACCGCCAUCCUCAUUGCCGCCACCAGCACCAGGUGCCCCGCCUCCACCUGCUGCACCGAUCAAGCUGGAGGUGAACAGUUCCACCCAUCCGAAGGAAUACCGGGCCUUUGGACGCUUCUGUGAGACAUCAAAGGGUGCAGAUGAAAUGAAGAAGGUUUGGGUGCAGGGCGGACCCCGUCGGAUGGCUGUGUUCGCACAGUUCGUGGCCAGUGGCUGUGAUCCUCUUGCUAUGGAGGCGGCUCUCCGCUUCAAGCGGCAACGCGAAGAGGAAGACCGUGACGAGGGUGAAUAUUAUCGCUGGAGCGAUAUCCUGGCCUUUCACUCGAACGACGCCGACAAAGCGUUAGCCUUUAUCACUCGUCGCCGAGCUGAGCCACGUGGGACAAGCACCGACCGCAACGAUUCGACAGUUGAGACCUUCCUCUACUACAAUCGGCAGAAGCGGUCGGUGGUCAACAGGACGCUUGAUGAGAUUGCGGUUGAGCUGGGUGUGUCCCCUUCGUACGCGGCGAGCGUUGCGGCGAUGCUGGAUGGCCAGAAUGGGCCGGCGGCUUUGACAGCACCGACAACGGCACUCCCGGCACCUGCGUCGACCAGUGGCAGCCCUUCUGUGCCAGACUCCCCGCUGGAAAGUGCUGCUGCGGCAAAGGCUAGCGCAAAAGCAGGAGCAAAAAACAAGGCCAACGACGGCUCGCAGCAGUCCAACCCGAAGAAGCAGCGACUGCCGAAGCCGGAGGGAUCGGAGCUGGAAGUCCACGUGUGCACGGAAGACGUGGGCGCCUUCGUUGCCAACUGGUGCACAGCUGCCAACUCGGCCCAGGGUCAAGCCGUGAAGUUGUGCGGGGAGUUCCUUGGUGUAUUUUGUUUCGAUCCUGCUUACUGUUCUCGAGAGAGAAAUCAAAACCCUGUUAGAUGA